AACUUGUUUAAAAAAAAAAAAAGUAAAAUAGCUAUAAUUUGGAAAAACUGCCCGAGGUUGUUGUGACGUCAUGAAAAAAAUCGGAAGCUAUGUGAUUUAUUUUGAAAAGAACAGGAAAUGUGGCGCUAUUCGACUUGACAGUUCUUCACGUGAACAAACUCCGGCUAACAAACAACAAGAGAAGCAUUAAACUCGUUUUAAUGGUUUGGGUGAGCCGGCGAAAAAUAUUUCCAAACAUUUGAUCCGGCAUCUUGCUUUAUUGUGGUCCGCCAUGCUGACGUUGUGUCUGCACCGAGCUCUCCGCUCCAAGUUACCGGCGACAACGUUGGGCGCGACGGCAACCAGGCUGCCGGGAAGCGGGCGACACACUCCCCGUCGCCUGAUGGGAACUCACCGCCGGAGCGAGUCGAGGGAGCCGUUCAACUCCCCCAAGAGAGCCAAGGAGUUCAUUUACCGUCUCCAGGCCGGGGAAAGAACUUGUUUGCUGCAGGAGCUACAGAACUUUGAGUCCAUCGCCAUUGCUCAAGAGACUCUGGAGCCCUCUGCGCCCACUACAGCCCAGAUCAAAUAUGUCAUAUUCCACAACGCCCUUCCCUUCGUCGGCUUCGGUUUCCUGGACAACGCCAUCAUGAUCUCAGCCGGAACGCAGAUUGAGCUUUCCAUCGGAGUCACUCUGGGAAUUUCCACCAUGGCCGCCGCUGCUCUGGGCAACUUGGUGUCAGACUUGGCAGGUCUCGGCCUGGCAGGUUAUGUGGAGGCCCUGGCGUCCAAACUGGGCAUGCAGGUUCCGGACCUGACACCCAAACAGGCUGACAUGUGGCAGACCCGGGUCAGCGCACACUCGGGCAAAGCCAUCGGCGUCUUCAUCGGCUGCGUUUUGGGAAUGUUUCCGCUCUUUUUCAUUGGCGAAGACGAGGAGAAGGCGGCGCAGCGCUCCAAAUGAGACGGCGACGCACAAACUGGACUUGGCUCUUGUCAUCCCUUUAGGCAGUGGCCUCGCUUCCUGCCUGGUCACAGACUGACGUCACUUUAACUGGACGCCAUUUUGGAUCGUAUAUCGACUUCCUGUCCAACCAUACCAGCCCUUUCUUUAAACGACUGUUUACUAACAUCAUUGAUGCUAACUGCUGGCUAACUGCUACCUCCGAGUGCAUGUUUGCAUGUAGUGCGCACAUUUUUUAACUCGCCGUAUAACUUUUUUUGUCAUUUGUUUAGUAUGAACGUCUUACAAACCCUGUUUCCAUAUGAGUUGGGAAAUUAGAUGUAAAUAUAAACAGAAUACAAUGAUUUGCAAAUCAUUUUCAACCCAUAUUCAAUUGAAUACACUACAAAGACAAGAUAUUUGAUGUUCAAACGUCAUAAACUUUAUUUUUUUUUUGCAAAUAAUAAUUAACUUAGAAUUUUAUGGCUGCAACACGUGCCAAAGUAGUUGGGAAAGGGCAUGUUCACCACUGUGUUACAUCACCUUUUCUUUUCACAACACUCAAUAAACGAUUGGGAACUGAGGAAACUAAUUGUUGAAGCUUUGAAAGUGGAAUUCUUUCCCAUUCUUGUUUUAUGUAGAGCUUCAGUCGUUCAACAGUCCGGGGUCUCCGCUGUCGUAUUUUAGGCUUCAUAAUGCGCCACACAUUUUCGAUAGGAGACAGGUCUGGACUGCAGGCGGGCCAGGAAAAUACCCGCACUCUUUUUUAACGAAACCACGCUGUUGUAACACGUGCUGAAUGUGGCUUGGCAUUGUCUUGCUGAAAUAAGCAGGGGCGUCCAUAAAAAAGACGGCGCUUAGAUGGCAGCAUAUGUUGUUCCAAAACCUGUAUGUACCUUUCAGCAUUAAUGGUGCCUUCACAGAUGUGUAAGUUACCCAUGCCUUGGGCACUAAUGCACCCCCAUACCAUCACAGGUGCUGACUUUUGAACUUUGCGUCGAUAACAGUCUGGAUGGUUCGCUUCCCCUUUGGUCCGGAUGACACGAUGUCGAAUAUUUCCAAAAACAAUUUGAAAUGUGGACUCGUCAGACCACAGAACACUUUUCCACUUUGCAUCAGUCCAUCUUAGAUGAUCUCGGGCCCAGAGAAGCCGGCGGCGUUUCUGGAUGUUGUUGAUAAAUGGCUUUCGCUUUGCAUAGUAGAGCUUU